AUGGCCACCGGCGGCGGCGGCGCAACGCGGGCGACCAGCGAAGGGGAGAUAGAGGGAGAGGGAGGGAUGCUCACCAAGCUCGCGCAACGGCGAGGAGACAACGGGAACGCGGCGGCGAUGGACUCCUCGGGGAGGCACGGCAACGGCGGGACUCCGGCGACGUCCGGCGAAGGAGGAGCGGCUGGGGCACAACACAGUCUGGGAGAGAGGAUAGAGGGGUUAGGAAGGGAGGAGGAGGCGCGGUACCGAGGGGAAUUGCGGCCGGAGGCGGCAAUGGCGGAGGUGGCUCGGGUACGUGGUGAAGGGGUGGUUUCGGUGGUGGCGAGGAGAAAGGAAGCGGUGGCCGGGCUUGGGAUUGCUGCGGUGAAGCCGGUGGUGACGGUGACACAGUGCGGCGGCGGUUCCAGCCACGGGGAACGACGGCCGGAGCUCGCAAAGGCGAUGGCGGCUCGGGUUGACAGAGGGGAGGGCGGCUCGGUGGGGGAUUGGAGGAACGAGGCGGUGGCCGGUGCUCGGCUUGGAGCGGUGAAGCCGAUGGCGCAAGCGGAGCGCCGCGGCGACGGCCAGGGCUCCGGUGGCGCGCAGCCGGAGUCGGUGGAGGCGGUGGAGAGAGGUGGUGCGCGUGGCGGCGGUGCUUCGGAGACGGGGAGGGGAAAUGGAGCGGAUGCCGGGGUGCGGUGGGGCGCUGCGAUGCUAUAG